UCCAUAAUAGAUCAUGAAACUGGUUACAUGGCACAUAUAGUGAAGCUGACUGUAAACAUCUGGCGAGGACCAAAUAUAAACUGCACAGACAGUUCAGGUUAUACUGCUUUACAUCAUGCAGCUUUAAAUGGACACAAGGAUAUAGUUCUCAAAUUACUUCAGUAUGAAGCAUCAACUAAUGUGGCAGAUAAUAAAGGUUAUUUUCCCAUUCACUUGGCUGCUUGGAGAGGAGAUGUAGACAUUGUGAAGAUUCUCAUCCAUCAUGGGCCAUCACACUCCAGAGUGAAUGAACAGAACAAUGAAAAUGAAACAGCACUGCAUUGUGCAGCUCAAUAUGGUCAUUCAGAAGUAGUUGCUGUUCUGUUAGAAGAGCUAACAGACCCUACAAUAAGGAACAACAAACUAGAAACACCUCUGGAUCUGGCAGCACUUUAUGGACGUCUGCGUGUUGUAAAAAUGAUCAUCAAGGCAUAUCCAAACCUGAUGAACUGUAAUACAAGAAAACACACUCCUUUGCAUCUUGCUGCACGAAAUGGCCACAAAGCUGUUGUACAGGUGCUUCUGGAGGCUGGAAUGGAUGUCAGCUGCCAAACAGAAAAAGGGAGUGCACUACAUGAAGCAGCCCUAUUUGGGAAGGUGGAGGUAGUACGCAUUUUGCUUGAAGCAGGAAUUGAUACCAACAUAAAGGACAGUUUGGGUAGAACAGUUUUAGAUAUUCUUAAAGAACAUCCAUCUCAGCAGUCCCUCCAAAUUGCAGCUCUACUUCAAGCUGAAAAACCACUGAAGCACUGGGAUUUUGGGAAACCUGAAGGUACUGUAAUUGAGUUCGGCUUAA